AUGACGACUGCAUUUCCUCUUCUCCGUCUUCCGUACCUUGUACUUAUGCCUAUCUUGGAACAAAUGGAAUUCAUGGAAAGAAUUGUACUCUCGGUUCUCUCCAAACGGGCCAGAAUGUUCGUGAAACUUCUGAAAAUGAACUGUGGGUAUAUCAUUUUAAGAAUCAAGUAUGGCACCAUCGAGAUGAAAGUGCUGCUUGAUCGCUACAAAGAAUUAAAACUAGAAAUGUAUCCGAGUGGAUAUUUGGAGUUUAGAUAUGAGCAGGAUGUAUUCUUAUGUAACACAAUGAGAGUCCCUCCAAUGGACUAUGCCGGAUGGGUUAUGGACGUCCUGCACUGCGAUUCGAUUCAUAUGUUCAGAAUCGCUGAAAUAUCUCCAUGCAAUAUUUUCCCUCUUCUUGUGAACCUCCCGAAAAUUGAUUGCGUCGAAGUUCACAACGAUUUGUCCGCCGUUUCUCUAGUAAACUCACGGCUUAUAAAAGUUUUGAGAAUCGUUUUGCCAGUAUCUUCUGUAGUUGCCAUUCCCGAUUUCUUCCUAAACCUCAAGUAUCACCGAGAAAUUCUCCAAGGAAAUUUUGACGAAUUGAAAAUGGAAAAUGAUUGGAAAAAAAACGUGCCAAAUCGCAAAAUUAAGUUUUCUCUAAACGAUUUGAGGAUCACAAACGCUAAGACGCUUGAGCUUUUGUACGUCUCUCUUAACGUAAAAGACCUAAACCUCUUUUUCAAGUUGUGGAUGAAGAAAAAAUGUAAUGCUCGACUGGAAUACUUGGGCGUGAGGCAAAAGGGCAAUUUCGAUAAAGAUCUCCUUCUGAAAGGACUCAACGCUGUUCCAGUUCCCAUUGAAAGGAAUCGAACAUUCCGGAUUUUGGGGAAAGUACAACAGCUGCGUUUGGAUGAGGAGACUUCCGCCGAAUUUGAUAUAACAAGAGUCGACGGGAGAACAGCAACAAUCAUAUCCAAUGGAGAUGACACUUUUCAUUUCUACGUUUGGCCAGAAUCUACUAAUGAUGCAACAAAUAUUGAGCCAAAUCAGUUAUCGUUCAUGCGUGUAUUUUCUUGGUUUUCUUCUUUUUACAAUUCAUGUGUUGAUCGUUUCAAAUAA